AUGGCAGAGGUGCUGGGCGUGGUGUCGGCGGCGGCACAACUGGCGACGCUUUGCUGCUCUUUGCUGCGUGUCAUGGCGAAGUUAAAAGGCGCCGGGUUGACGCUUCAGAAUUAUCAACUUCAGCUUCAAGAUCUCAGCCUCUUAUCAAACUCCAUUUCCCGCAAUCCCCUUCUUCAGACGAGCGAGAUUGGAACCUUGACCCAAUCUCUUCUCUCUCUCAUUCGCCAAGCAAACUUGACAUUUGUACUGCAAAAGCACCGCAUUAUCCGGACCUUGUACAUUUUGUGCAGGGAACGAGAUCUCGUCGAAACACUGACAGCGGUUGAGCGGCAGAAGCUCAGCCUUUGUUUAAGCAUCGAGCAGAUACAGUCGGACGCUCUCUUUGAGAUCCGCGCCAGUAUUCAAGACAUGAGCUACGAAAUGCCAAACGUCAAAAAGAAGCGCGUCGGCACUCGAAUCCAGGCGAGAGAAACCUCUACCUCUCAGUCCAACGGCAACAAUUCCAACAUGAAGCCUGCGGCGGCCAAAAACACCACCAAAGGCGACGAGACUGCCAAGGAUGACAGUCCGACGGCCCAGGUGGAUAGCUCUGAUGAGGAUUCAUCCGUCAGCGACUCUUUUGAUGAUGAAAGUGUUGUCGACAGCGACAGCUGCACUGGUUCCUGCGCUGGCAGAGUCGAACAGACUCCUACCCUUCAUAUCAAGGACAAUGAUGUGAAGAACAAUCCUGCCACUAGGGGAAGUACAGCCGCCGAUGGGGAGAUUGGUCACGAUACCUGCGCAGCUGAGGUAGACCAAGUUAUCAAUGACACUGCUUUGGAGAAAAACCCUGCACCCUGUGGAAGCACUACCGCGACCAGGGAGACUGGCCCGGAUAGCCGCGCAGCUGAUGUUCCCCAAAUUGCCAAUGAAGAGCAAGUUGCUACCGAGCCGCUUGCUCCUAAGGAUAGCCCCGGGAUCUCUGAUGUGUCCAGCUCCGGGCGCGCAACACUGUUUGUGGGCAACAAAGUUGAGGUUAGUGGCCAUAAAGUGCCUCUUCUGGAAGAGGUCUCCAAGAUCAGGAAUGUGACGAAGUGCGGACCUGGGGAUUCGCAUAUUGGCUCCUACGUGGUGUACACAGGAGGCUCCAUUCCAGAAAAGUCAGAAAAGCUGAAUGUUAGCGUCAUGAUGGGCUCAAUCAGCGGCGUUACUUUUGAAGGAGAUGAGGAUGAGAACAGCGCGGCGCCCGCAGAGCGAAGAGUCGGCGGGGUGCUGCAGUUCCGGUCAUGA